AUGGCGGCAACUAUGAGCUCCACCGAAGCUCGUCGAAGCACCUCACCCAAUACCGCGCAUUCAAUACAACCUCCACUUGCUACCAACGCGCUCUCCAAGCUCGCAGAGAGUGAAUCUGAAUCAGAUAAAGACGAAGCACUCGUUCGGAGGACGACCGGUAGACUGCUGUCACGGUUGCAGCAAAACACCACGGAAAACUCAUCAGAGGAGGAACAGGGCGACAGUGAUGAGGAUGCCUAUGAGCGCACGAAGCGACGUCUGGCUGCUGUGAAACCAGUUGCUGCCAGCAGUGGUGAGGAGGAAGAAGACAAUGGCCAAGGAGCGUACGAGCGUAUCAAGCAACGACUGCUUGCUAGUACGGGCUUGGAGCGCCGACGCGCAACGCCCACUCAAGAAGCUCAGAAACGAGUUGUUACCACUGCUGCACUCAGCAGCGAGGACGAAGAUGACGCGCCUGUACGCGCGAAUCGCGUUCGCAAGCUCCAGACACGACCGGAAAGGACGGGCUCACCCGCUGUAUCAUCCCCUCCUCGUGCAAGGUCACGUCAGCCCUCUCUCGGACUAUUUGUCACACCGGAAUCGUCGCCCGUCAAAAGACCAACGCGUGACGCAAAUCUAUCUGACGAUGCUUUAGAGCGAACAACACCUAGACGCAGCAACGACUUCCGAGAACGAGUCGAACGAAUACGCGCCGAAAGGUUGGCCAAACGAUCGGAAGAAAAGCAGCGACGCACAAAGACCUCUCCACAGGGAGGAGAUCAAGAGCCCGGCAGUAAUUCAGAUGGAGAAGGCAGCAGACGACUUACACAACUUGCUAAACCCACUCGCAAAGCUGGCAAGAAAGCCUUGGAAGCCAUGGCUCGAGAUCAACAACGCAUUGUCCGGAACAUGCAGCUCACCCAUCAGGCCAAGACGAAGAAGAGAUAUGGCACCAAAGAUCUAUUUGCGAAAUUCGGGUUCAAUCAGAGUCUUGAGGAGUCUGACCCGACAGGUCUUCCGACACCGGAGACCAGCUCCGUGCCUGCAACUUCCGACGUUGAGGCUGCUCAAGCUCGCGACACACCACCCACAAGCCCACCAAGCUUUGAAGAUGGGCCAAAGAAAGAUGAGACUUUGACAGGACCAGAACCAAUGUUUGCAGUGCCGACGAAAACCGACAAAGGCAAAGGCCGUGCCCCAGAAUUUGAGCACCUCCCACCAAAUCAGAUGAUGGAAAUGUCACAAUCAGUGACUGCGCAGAACACCCACGUAGUGCCAAACAAGUCCACUUCGGAGAUCAUGGUGGAUCUUGACGAUUCAGAUGAUGAGCUUCAGGUGGUAAAACCGAAGAGUCGAUUUCCUGUCUUCGACAGGCUCCCAGCGAAGAAGGAACGAGAGAGCUCGUCCCUACUACACCUUCGGCAUCUUGCUCAGCUUACCUCGCCUGGUAAGAAGGGUUCCAAAGGAAAGAAGACUAUGAACAUGGUUCAACUUCAAAGUACCCUCUUUCAGAAGGCUCGCCAGCAAGCUCAAAAGGAGAGGCAGGAGAAGAUCGAGAUGCUCCGUGCAAAGGGCAUCAUUGUCGAGACUGAAGAGGAGAAGGAGAAACGUCAAACGGCUAUCGAAGAUCUCGUGGCGCAGUUUGAGAAGGAGAAAGAAAAGGAUCUUAAGCUGGCUAAGCGGGAGCGGGAGCUUGCGAAGAAGAAUGGUGAAGUCGGAGAUGGCCUUGCUUCAAGCGAUGAGGAAGAAGACGAGGACUACGUAGCGAGUGGAGACGAAGAAGAUGCUGCCGAGGACCUGAAGAGUGCCGAUGAGGUCGAGCUCGAGCUUUCUGGCUCCGAGGACGAAGAAGCAGACGACGAACAGGAGCUUGACGACGACGCUGAAAACGAGGAAGACCAUCCCGAAGGAUCAGAAGCUGAUGCUGCGAAUGCUUUGAUUGACGCGAUGGCCGACGAAGAUGACGAGGAAGAGCCACAUCAAGCCAAUAAAAAACCACAGGAUCGCGAAGAUGAUGAUUUGCUGGAUGCGAAGCCUCAAGCUGCUGUGCGUAAGGGCCCUGCAAAACGCACUCGCAAGGUCGUUGUCGACGAUGAUGACGAGGAUGAGGGAAGCACGAUGCAGCUUCAUGGCUCUCCCACACAAGUGGCUACCCAGGACGAUACCAUGGCUGCGUUCGGCUUCGGCAAUGUAGCACCAGCAAUAGGUCUCACUCAAGCCUUCGCAGGCACAAUGGCCAUUCUGGAUGUAGAUUCCCAAGCCGAUCAGCCACUCCCUGAAGAGCCCGAACAGGACUCUAUCGAUUUCCUUCGCAGUCUACCUGACAGCCAGCCCAACUUCAGCCAAAACAACGACGUUGUCGUGCCCAACAGCCAGGCCGCAGCCUCUCAACAGGAGUUCACUCAGGAUGGCUCUCUUCCUAUGAGCCUAGGCAUCAGCCAGUUGAUGGAAGAGACCACCAUUUUCUCCCACACACAGGCCUCGGAAGUACCAGAACCCACUCAAGACGCUGGCUUCCUGCUUUCUCGCUCACCUGCCGGGCUUGUGGCGCCACAGUCCACUAUAGAUACUGUCAUGCUACCUGUGGCAGAAUCUCCCAUCGCACAACGCAAGGGCAAGCUCAGUAGGAGACGCAAAGAGGCUCCGGUCGUACUGUCGGAUGUUGACGAUGAAAACGUUUUCUCGGCGUCCGAGGCUGAAGCUAAGAUCGGUAGGCCGGCGACGGAGGAUGCCUUUAGCUUCCUCAAGAAAGCAGCCAAGAAACAAAACAAGAUCGACACCUUCAACAAGAAGACGAGCGCAGCGAGAGAACAUCUCGACGAACAGGCCUAUGAAUCCGACGAUGAAUAUAAGGGCAUCGGAGGCGCAAGUGACGAAGAUAGCGGAGAAGAGGAUGCAGAUCUCGCUGAGAUGAUCGAUACGAGCGAUGUAAAGGUCGACGAGCGGAAGAUUGCCGCCUUGUUUGCUGAUAAAGCGCGUAAGGAGCACGACGCGAGCGUGGCAAAAAUCUAUAAGGACCUCCAGACUGGUGCCUUUCGCAAACGAGGUGCAGGGGAUGCCUUCGAUAUGUCCGACUCUGAAGACGAGCUGGAGAUGCGCAAGCGGAAGAAGCAGCGGGAAUUUGACCAGAUGUUCCGCGCACUUAAGCAGGACCAAGCGAUCGGCAAGAUGGCUGAGAACCCCAAGCGCAAAGCUUUCUUCGCCACUAUCAUGGACCACUCCGAUGACUUUGAUCUCGAAUUUCUAGAUCAUCCUGAAGAGCCAACAGCCAAUUCAGCUUCUCAAUCUGACGACGAGAAGCAAGAUAUGGAAGAGGCAUCCAUUGUUCCAGACUCGCAAACCGCCGGUGCACCUAUUGACCAGCUCAAGCGCAGGUCAGCAGAUUCUCAAGAGAAGGAAAAUCGCCCGCCACCGCAUCUGCGAAGGACGGCCGCAGCAGACGCCAUGACACGACGUCCCAUCUCCGCAGCUGAUAUCAAAGACUCUGUCGCCGAACUCCUCGAAGACCCACGCGACGUUGUCCCAGACUCACAAUACAUCUCCCUCUCUGACUCAGAAGACGAGUCCUCCACCACCGUCACUCGCACGGAGCGCAUCGUCACAAACCGCCUAUCGCGGACCCCAUCCCUAGCCACCGAAUCCUCCACCACUUCAAAUAUGGCAUUUCAGACGCCCUCCGCCGGGAGCGUUGGAGGAUUCCGCGUGCCGUCUCUGAUCCGUCGGGCGACUAGUAAUCUCUCUGCGGCCUCUGAGCGGUCGACAACGUCGAUGGGGAAGAGCAGCGAAGGGGGCGUGAGAAGAGGUGGCACGGGAAAGAGCAACAUUCAUGCUCAGGCUAGGGAGGCAGAGAGGAGGGCUGUUCUGGAGAAGGUGGAAGGGAGGAGGAAGGAGGCGUUGAAGAAGAAGGUGGGGAUGGCGAGGGGGAAGAGGAGUGUGCUUAGUAGGUUAAGUGGUGGGUUUGAGUAA